ACCAUUCCCCAGUCUCGCGCUCCGCCCACUCUCGCAAUGCUCGGCGCUCUGCUGCCGCCAUCUUAUGUGUUUCCCGGAGCCUGAGAGCGGGGCGGGGGCAGCAGCUGCCGGCCGGAGGAUGCCUGGCGGAUAAAUGUGGCCCAAACCCGACAUCCCUUUGCUGUUGAUGUUAAUCGUGACUGUGGCGGAGUCGGAACGGCCAGGCCCGCGGCUAGGUCUGACAAGACUCUUGUCAGAGCUGCGCUGUACGCCUGGACAGUUUGCGUGUAAUACUGGAACAAUUCAGUGUAUCCCUCUGACUUGGCACUGUGAUGGCUGGCAGACCUGUGAAGAUGGCAGUGAUGAACUGGAUUGUCCAGGUAUAAUUGGCGACCAUCAGAUACAUCGGGUGAAGGAAACAGUGGACUCUAAACAUGGGCGUGGCAGGGGAGCUGAGGACAGCCGAUUUUACCCUGUUAACAUGGGUCAGUCAUUUCAAUUGGAACGGAAGUGCCCAACUGGCUGGCAUCACUAUGAGGGGACAGCGAGCUGUUACAGAGUGUAUUUAAACAGCGAGAACUAUUGGGAUGCUGUCCAGAUGUGUCAGCAAGUGAAUGGAUCACUGGCCACCUUCACGACUGAUCAGGAGUUACGGUUCAUCCUGGCUGAAGAGUGGGACCUGGAGGAGCGGCCAGUGAGCCGCAAGGACCAGCGCAGAUUCUGGGUUGGCUAUCAAUACAUGGUAACCAACCGAAGUCACACCUCCCUCCAGGGGCAAUGGGAAGUAGCCUACAAGAGCAGUUCAUCAGAAGUUUUUCUUCCCCCAGAGAAGGUGACAUUCUUUGGGAUGACUAUCUCUGAACAGGAGAACGUGUUAUGUGCUCAGCUGCAAUGCUCCCACUUGCCCAGCCUACGGCACCGUGGAUUGCACAGCUGGUAUGCAGAGAACUGCAAUGAGAAGUCAGCAUUUCUUUGUAAGAGAAGUCAAACCUGUGUGGAUAUAAAAGACAACGUGGUGGACGAGGGCAAGUAUUUCACUCCAAAGGGGAAUGAUCCAUGUUUGAGCUGCACCUGCCAUAAUGGAGAACCAGAAAUGUGUGUGGCAGCUCUGUGUGAGCGGCCUCAGGGCUGUAAACACUACGAAAAGGACCCGAAGGAAUGCUGCAAGUUCACCUGCCUGGACCCAGAUGGCAGCAGUAUUUUUGAUUCUAUGGCGAGUGGAAUGCGUUUGAUUGUGAGCUGCAUCUCCUCCUUCCUUAUCCUCUCGCUGCUCCUCUUUAUGGUUCACCGAUUACGACAGAGACGCAGAGAACGAAUUGAGUCUCUCAUUGGUGGCAAUUUGCAUCAUUUUAAUCUGGCCCGAAGUAGAAUGCCAGGCUUUGAUUACGGCCCAGAUAGUCUUGGAUCAGGAUUAACUCCUCUUCAUCUCUCUGACGAUGGUGAGGGAGGAGCAUUCCACUUCCAUGACCCCCCACCACCAUACACAGCUUAUAAAUACCCUGACAUACAACAUCCUGAUGACCCACCACCUCCAUAUGAAGCAUCCAUCAAUCCAGGCAGCAUGCUGUGUGUCAGCCAAGAUCAUGAUCCUGGACAGAUGAUGGAGUCGAGUAGCCAGCUACCUAUGGCAGAGGGUGCUGCUGGAGAUCAGGUGGCUGCCACAAACUUUACACUACCACCUGUGACAGAGGACCUGGAAGAUUCAGCUGACAGCAGUACUUUGCUCGUGCCAUGUGACACACGCUCAGAGAGUGGAGCACUAAGCAGUCACUCCUCAAUAAAUACUGUUGUAUAAAUGGGAUGGGUCUAUCACUGUUUUUUUGGAGUAAAAACAAACGCUUGCACAGUGCUGUACAGGCAAACACUCGUUUUGAUGACUAUAAAAGGCUUAGUUCAGGUCUUCAGCGGUCAGAUUUCCUGUUUCAAUGAGCGAGUUAAUCCUCUGUGUAUAUAUUGAUGGUGGAAUGCAGCACCUUUCCCUGGAGACAGGUGCAGUAGGACUUUAGGAAACUAAUGGGCAGCUGGGUUUUGUGUUUUUUUAAAUGUAGAUUUUGCAUCUGAAUACAGAGCUUCAAGUUUGAGUGGCUGGAACAGCCUUGAGUUGGUGGUUUUGCAUGCUGAAUAUAUACUGGCAACUCAAAGCUCUUACAACUGGGUCUUUUAAAUUGGCAACUGAUGGUGCCAAUCAUCUGAAAGAGCUUUGUGAUAUUUCUUGACAAACAGAAGUGCACUUACUGUUGCAAUUCUGUUCUGUCACUGGGAUACAGCAGUGGUGGGAGUGGGCUGGACACUAGGAUGAAUGGUAUUUGGGGUAUGCAUGUUGCACAGACUGUUUACAGGGUCUUGGUGCUGGGGAGGGAGGUGGGAUGGGCAGGUUGGGUAUUACUAAUCCUUUGGGUGUUUUGAGGCGGAGAUGGAGUCAGUGUGCUGGGGGAGGAGGUAAUAAUCUCUCUCGAGCUGUAAGAAUGGUUACAGUCUCUCCCAGGUUGGGGGGGAGGUGGUGGGUGGGAGUUGGGGGUUUGCAGGCUGUGUCAGAAUAUCAUGGGCGCAAGAGGUAACUGGCUUUUUUGGUUUGAGUCAGUGUUAACAGAUCCACUGGGAUGGAAGGUAAGGGUCUGAAUUUGUGAAUGUUAUCCAAUUGUGCGAGGCUCAGUGUAUUUUGUUUUUGCCGGUACAGUAUCAGUAGCAGCAGUUCAGUUAACUGGAGGGAGGCUAUGCUCCAAUCUCAGGCUGUUGAGUAAAGUACAGGAGGUCCUGUGCUCCCAGCCCAAGGGGGACCAAAUCAGGGAAGGGGAAUGCAUCCUGCGAAACGUAGGGUGAGAGUCUGAGAGCAUAUUACCCCAUACUGUGUUCCCUUUCCUACUCACUCCACUGCAGAUUUUCAAUCUCAUGUUCAUUUCUAUUCAAGAAUACCUAUCAGUGUAUUGAUAAGUGGAGUUAAUAUUGAUCAAAACGUUGAUCAUUAUUACUGAUGCAGUCUUGAUUGAUAAUAUUGAUAUGAUCAGUGAUUUUGUGGUCAGUAUUGAUCACCCAUAUCGAUGUGGUUGGUUGAUAGCAAUCAAUGUUGGUCUUUGCUAUUGAUGUGGUUCAUAUUGAUAAAUGAUAUUUUUGUCUUUUGGGGGACAUUUAGGGGGCAGUGAACAUGUAUCAUAGGUUUAGACUGAUUUUGGAAAAGGGCAAGGAACAUUCCAGAGUAAGAGUAAUUAUCGGGGGAAAGCCAGUUUCAACAGAUCUGACACCGAUAAAUUAAAAUCAAAGUUCGGCAGGCAAAUGGUGACUAAAUAAUAAGGUAUCUUUAAAGAGGGGUUUGUCUGGACACAAUUGAGGCAUACACCAAAGAGAAAAGGUAAAGCAAACAAACACAGCUCCCAAAUGACAACAGAGAUACAGUUUAAGGUAUAGAUGCAAAAAUGUGCUUCUGGCCCACAUCAGGUGAACAGUAAAACUGAGAACCAGGCUGAGUGUUGAAGGUUUAGAGGAGAAAUGGAAGAAAAAGAAAAGAAAUUUAAAAAAUAAACUGGCAGCUAGUACACAAGGAAAUCCCAAAGUCUUCUAAAGGCACAGUAAUAUGGUGGAAUGGAGUGAGGCCGAUUAGGGACCAGAAAGUGGAUUUAUGCAGGGGACAUAGCCAGGGUAUUAAUGCUUUACAUUUCAAGGAGGAAGGUGCUGUGAAGUCGUCAUCAAAGAAGCGAGUGUUCACAUACUCGAAGGGCCUUAAAUUGAUGAGCUGGCUAGGCUGUUUCUACUUAAUACACGUGAGGCACCAGAACAGGGUGAGAUCCAUCCAAGUGAGAGUAGGACUUGAUGCACUCGCUAUUAUUGUUCAAUCUUCCUUCAACUCAAUGAUGGUGCCAAUGGGUCUGGGGAAUUGCAAAUCUUAAACCAUUGUUCAUUAAAAAAAAAGGUUGUACAAGAUAAGUCCAGCAAUUACAGGCCGGUCAGUUUAACCUCUGAUAGGAAAUAUUCUAAAAACUAUAAGUUUAGAUUAAUUAAUCCAUAUUUGUCUUUGUGACUAUUAAUUUUAAGUGAACUCAUCUUGUUUCACUAACUUGAUGGAGCUUUUCAAAGGAACAGAUUUGAUGAGGGCAAUGCUAUUGAUGUGUGCAUGUCAAGAAAGACUUUUGAUACAGUGGUGUGCAGACUUGUGAGCAAAGUUAUAGCUUAUGGAAUAAGAGGGACUGUAGGAACAUGAAUAUAAAAUUGGCUGACUAACAGGAAACAAAAUGUUUUCAUGACUUUUUUUGGACUGUAGAGGGGUUAGUAAUGGAAGUUGGCAGAGAUCACUGUCCGGAUCCUUGCUGUUCCUGAUAUAUCUGAAUAACCUAGACAUUGGCUUACAAGGCACAAUUUCAAAAUGUGUGGAUGGUGUAAAACCUGGAAGUAUUGUGAACUUUGAGGAGGAUAAUAUUGAUCGUAGGGUUCAUUGUAAGCUUGGUGGAAUGGGCAGGUAAGGUUCAAUACACAGCAGUGUUAAGUGGUCUACUUGGAAAAAGCAGAGGGAGAUGAACGGCAAUUCCAAAGGAGAUAAAAGAGCAUACAUGUGUAAAAGAAUGUAAAUGUGCAUAGAUCAUUGAAGGUGGCAGGUUUAGGUUGAGAGUGGUUAAUGAAGCCUGCCAUAUUCUAGGGUAUAUUAGGAGGUUAUGUUGAACAUUUACACAAUGCUGCUUUGGCCUCACCUGAACAUUGGCUUUAAUUCUGGGCACUGCACUUUAAGAAGGCAUUUGACAGGGUGGAGAGAAGAUUCCCAGGAUGAAGAACUUCAGUUACUUGUAUAUAUUGGAGAGGUUCAGAAAGAAAAAAGGUUGAAAGGAAAUUUCAGCACUACAAUGCAGCUGGACAGAGUUGAGAAAAACUGUUCUUUUUGGUACAAGGAGCAAGAAAAGGCUGCAGACUUACGGUAAUUAGUAAAAUAAGUAAUGACAUAAUGAGAAAAAAAAAUAUGUUCCCAUAGCAAUUGGAAUGCACCGCUUGUGUGUGUGUGGUGGAGACAGGUUCAUUUGAGGCACUUCAGAGAAUUGCAAGGCACUUUGUAAACUCUUCCUUUGGAGAGCUGUAACAGACAAGACUGGCUGAGUGAUAUCUCAACCACACGUUAGUCACAGCACAGAAAAAGCCAGUGUGGUUGAUUGAUAUUGAUCAAUGAUAUUGGCCUUCAUAUUUACCUGGAAAAACUUCCACCCAGAUAAAGAAUUUAGAAAUUGUGCACCACCUUUCUGUUGUCUGGCCACAAUUUCUACCCUUGGUACUCAAUUCACUUAACCAGGUGCAUGCACGCACAAAAUUAUUCAAAUACUGCAGUUACCAGAUGUUUGUAUUUAGUUUGUCUGUAAUUGAUCUUACUGUGGCAGUGGAAAGAUUUUGAUAUUUGGUGAAAUAUUAUGUAGAAAUUAAAUUUGAUACUGUUAAUAGGUCCAUGUGUGUUCAGGAGUUUUCCAUUUUUCACUUUUUUGGCAACACAUUAAAAUUUUCAUGUUGCUGUUAAUACAUGCAUUGAAAUGCCAAAUAAAUUCUAAAUUGGAGAUAA